AAUUAAACUAACAAUUGUAUAUUUAUGAAAAUUAAAAAAUUACAUAUACAAAUGAACAAGAAGACUAUUAUACAGAUAAAUAAAAAUGCUUACUGUUUUUUUCUCGAGAAUGUCAUCACCAUAGAGGAAAUUAUUAUAAAAAAUAUUCCCCAAAAGAAUAUAAAUAAUGGAAAUUUCAAACGAUUCCAGCAGUACUAUUACUGAAAUAAAAUCAAAUACCUUAAAUAAAAAAGGUUUUGGCCUGACUAAGGAGAGAAUCUCAGUCCACAGUCACAUUAAGGGUCUUGGCGUUCAUCCUUCUGUUUUUAAUCUCGACACAUCUAAGUUAAAUUAUGACGGAAAAGACGACCCUAAAUUAUUAAGUGAUUACGAAAAUUGUUUUAAUCCGGAUUGUGGCUUAAUUGGUCAAUUUAAGGCCAGGGAGGCCGCACUGAUUGCCGUUGACAUGAUAAAAUCCAAAAAGAUGGCAGGCAAAGCUCUGCUCCUGGCUGGGCCAAGUGGUAGUGGCAAGACUGCUCUUGCCAUGGGUAUCGCUAGAGAAUUGAGCACAAGUGCUCCAUUCACAAUCUUAUCAAGUACUGAAGUAUUUAGCACUGAGGUUAAAAAAACUGAGAUUUUAAAUGAAGCUGUCAGAAAGUCGAUUCAUAUAGUAAUUAAGGACGAGAAACAGAUUUACGAAGGUGAAGUUACAGAGCUAACACCCGAAGAAGUUGAGAAUCCAACUGGAGGAUUUGGUAUCCUAUUAGUCAACAUUACAUACAAACACAUAUAUAACUUAAUUUUAGUAAUUAUAAUGUUAUUUAUAGCCAAAUGUAUUAAUGGAGUACUGGUAACCUUGAAGACUGUUAAAGGAUCAAAAACCCUUAGACUAGCACCUCAAGUUCAUGAACAACUUGUCAAGGAGAAGGUUUCAAUAGGAGAUGUUAUAUUCAUAGAAUCAGGCUCAGGCCAAGUUAGGAGAUGCGGGAGGUGUGAUGUUUAUUCUACUGAAUUUGACUUGGAAGUUGAGGAGUAUGUUCCACUUCCAAAGGGCGAUGUUCUUAAACAGAAACAAGUUGUCCAGGAGGUUUCGCUGAAUGAUCUUGAUAUGGCAAAUUCAAAUCCAUCAGGUGGAAGUGAUAUAGUUACAGUGCUUAACCAAUAUUUGAGGCCUAAACGUACUGAAAUGACUGACAAGUUGAGACUUGAGGUUAACAAGGCAGUGAACAAGUACGUAGACCUGGGAAUCGCAGAAGUAAUACCUGGGGUAUUAUACAUUGACGAGGUCCACAUGUUUGAUAUUGAGUGUUUCACAUACUUAAGCAAGGUUAUGGAAUCCCCUCUAUCUCCAAUUAUCAUCCUCUCAACCAAUCGUGGAAUAAGUAGUGUUCGAGGAAGUGAUUUUAUAGAGGCGCAUGGGAUCCCGGCAGAUUUAUUGGACCGUCUGCUCAUUAUAAAAACAGUUCCAUACACAAUACAUGAGAUGGUGCAAAUAUUAAAAAUAAGGAGUAAAGUCGAGAAUGUACCCAUUAGUGACCAGGGUUUGAAAAGACUAGGUGAAAUCGGCUUAAACUCUAGUCUUAGGUAUUGCAUUCAGCUGAUAUCUCCGUCCAAUGUCCUGAGGAAUCUUGAGGAAAAGUCGACUGUUGAGGCUAAACAUAUAGAUGAGGCAGACUCGCUAUUCAUGGAUUCCAAAACCUCAGCACAGAGAAUUGUGGAGCAGUCUGACCUGUUCAUUUCAUAAUUUAUUACAAUACUUAAC